GAAAAAAAAAAUGUGGCUCUCCGGCAUUCUGGUGGGGCUUGUUGUCACCCUGAUUAGCUACCUGGUGCUGCUAAUGAAACGACGCCUCAACUACUGGCAUUCGCGCAAUGUUCCAUGUGAAAGACCCAGCUUGCUUCUGGGCAAUUUCAAGGGUAUGAGAACCAAGUACUCUUUUCCCGAAAUUUGGAUGAAUUACUACAAAAAGUUCAAGGGAUCUGGGCCAUUUGCUGGAUUCUUUUGGUUCUCGCAUCCGGCUGUUUUCGUUUUGGAUUUGGAAUUAAUUAAAAACAUUCUCACCAGGGAUUUCAAUAAAUUCAUGGAUCGUGGUUUCUUUCACAAUGAACAGGAUGAUCCGCUGACGGGGCAUUUAUUUUUCCUCGACGGCCUGAAAUGGAAAUCGUUGAGACAGAAGCUGACACCCACCUUCAGUUCGGGUAAAAUUGCCAAAAUGUUUCCCAUGGUUAAGAAUUUGACGGGACGCCUAAUGGAGACCAUGGAGGAGAAGCUUGAGGACUCCGAGAAGCAGGAGGAUGAAAAUGCAAAACAUGUUUUGGAAAUGAAAGAUCUCUUGGCCAGAUUUGGUACCGAUGUCAUUGGCUGCUGUGCCUUUGGCAUUGAUUGCAACAGUCUCUCCGAUCCUGAGGCAAAAUUCCACAUCAUGGGCCAACGUUUGUUUAGUGAGCCCCGCAAUGGCCAGCUGGGUAAUGCCUUGGCCUUCAACUUUCCUGAACUGGUGCAGAAGUUACACAUGAAGGUCAUACCCGAUGAAAUCAGUGAAUUUUUCAUGGAUUUGGUUAAGAAGACCAUUCAGUCGAGAGAGGAAAAUCCCACGGAAAGGGAUGACUUUUUGGCCCUGCUCAUGGAGUUGAGGGAGAGCAAGCAAAUCAAAACGGAAGAUGGAGAGGAGACAAAAUCCCUUACCUUGGAGGAAAUUGCGGCCCAAAUUGUCUUGUUUUUCUUGGCAGGCUAUGAGACCUCCUCCACAACAGUGGGGUUUGCUCUUUACGAAUUGGCCCGGCAUCAGGAGAUACAAAAUCGUUUGAGGCAGGAAGUCAACGAAAUAUGGGUGAAAUAUGGCAAGGAUUUUACCUAUGAAAGUGUGAAGGACAUGACCUAUCUGCAGCAGGUUAUACAGGAAACCCUACGCCUCUACAUACCGGUGCCCGUUCUGAAUCGCAAAUGCCUGGAAGAUUAUCCGGUGCCCGGUCAUGAUGAAAAAUAUCUCAUCAAAAAGGGCAUGAAUGUCAUCAUACCCGUGCUGGCCAUACAGCGGGAUGAGGAAUUCUUCCCCCAACCCGAAGAAUUCAAUCCGGAUAACUUUGAAGCCAGUCGUUGCAAGGAUCGAGAAUCAGUCGUCUACAUGCCCUUUGGGGAGGGUCCACGCAACUGCAUUGGCAAGAGAUUUGGUGAAAUGCAAACAGGCUUGGUUCUGGCCACUCUCAUUAAAAAAUUCAAAUUUUCCACUUGCCCCCAAACUCAAAUACCGGUGAUCUUUAACAAGGAGACUUAUUUCUUGGGUGCCGGCCAUGGCAUCCACUUGAGGGUGGAGAAGAUUUGAGAGAACGAGAUAACGAAAUC